CUCCAGGAUUCAGAGUUCCCUGUUGAUACUGAAGUGAACACAUACCUUGAGUGUGCUAAAGAACAUACUCAACCCCUGAAAUCUGGAGAGUAUCAACUGAGCAACAUUCUAAAAGUGCACGACUUGGCAGUGAGCUGCUUGGCUUUACAUCCCCGAAAAGACAUCGUAGUGACUGGCAGCGAUGACCACCUCUGGAAGAUGUGGGCUCUGCCUGGCGGGAACCUCCUCAUGACAGGCGAAGGUCACACUGACUGGCUCUCGGGCUGCUGCUUCCGUCCAAGUGGCACCCAGCUGGUGACGUCGAGCGGGGACACCACGGUGCGGAUCUGGGACCUCUCGAGGCGCGGCUGCAUCCUGACCCUGAAGGGACACGCCCGCGCUGUCCAGGGCUGCUCCUGGCAUUCCCGGGGGGACUUCGUGGCCUCUGCCUCCAUGGACAGCACGAGCAAAAUCUGGGAUGUUAACAGUGAGAGAUGCAGACACACGUUGCGUGGCCAUAAAGAUUCAGUCAACAGCAUUGAGUUCCUUCCCUUCUCCAGCACCGUUCUCACGAGCUCUGCUGACAAGACUUUGUCCCUCUGGGAUUCCCGAACGGGUCUCCGUGUUUACACAUUCCAUGGUCACCUGCAUCCCUGCAAUCAUGCUACAUUCAACAUGAAGGGGGAUACAGUCGCUUCCUGUGACUCCUCCGGUGUGCUGAAGCUCUGGGACAUGCGGAAGUUGGUCCCUGUUUUAUCCAUCGACGCGGGCCCACAUCCUGCCAACCAGGUCGCCUUCGAUCAGUCUGGUGGCGUGGUGGCCCUGGGCAGCAGCGACGGCUCGGUGCGGGUGCUGCGGCGGGACGCGGGGCAGCUCUCGGCGCUGCGGGGCCCGGGCGGCGCCGUGCGCUGCCUGCGCUUCCACGGCCCGCGGCUCCUGCUGUCCGCGGGCGCCGACGGCAGGCUCUGCCUCUGGACGUGA